GGGUCCCCUCUCAUCUCUUUUUCCGCUUCAUUUUUACAGUACUACUUAAUUCACUUGGGUUUGCUUCCAAUUUCAAUCCCCCUCUGUUAAUUUUCCAUUCUUCAAAUUAGUACUACUAAUUUGGUAAAUGUGGCAAUGGUUGGGCUUAGGAACAUUGAAGAAAUGGAAUCUGACGAGCCUAUUGUACAAUAUUCCGAGGAGGAGUUCCACUGGUUGAAUUCCUCUCCGUUGCAGUUGAAUUCCCCUCCGUCGCAGCACACAUAUUCCCCUAGGCUCUUCCUAAAUGAAAACAUAUCAGAAGAAGAGAACCCGAAUGAAGAUUUUGGAUUGGGGUGCAGCGAGGCCGCGAAGGAUAUUGAUGAAGUUGAGGCAGUUGGAAAUAUUGGUAGUGAGAGAACAGGGGAUGAUUGUGUAAUGGUAGAUCAGUUGAAUUCUGAGUGUUUGGGAAAAAAGAAAACAAAGGAAAAGAACCCAAUUGGAGAGAAAAGAAACAAGAAAACAAAUAGGGUUAGAAUUGCAAUUCCUCUGGAGGAUAUCUUACAAACUAAGGGAAUGCAUAGCAAAGAUGCUGCAAAAUAUCUCAGAGUUAGCAUCGCUAAAUUGAAAAGUUCUUGUCGGGAGUAUGGUAUCCACAGAUGGCUACCUCGCAGUGAACACAAAUUUAUCGAGCAAUCUCUCCCCAAUGAAACUUGUGCGGUUGUCGGUCAAGAGGGAAUCCCACAGUUGUCUUCUCAUACUGUGCCUUCUAAUCAAGCCUUGACGGCUACUGUUGACACAAAUAGUUUUUUGAAAAGGAAUUUUGCUGCAACAGUUUUUGCCUACAGCUCAACAAGAGAACCCUGAUGUGGGUUUGGGCAACGAUGAAGAUGAGGUAAUUGGGAUGGGGGUUGAGGGAACAGGGGACGGUGUAAUGGUAGAGGCUCAGUUGAAUUCUGGGUGUUCAGGGAAAGGGAAAUUUAAGGAAAAGAGUCCAGGAGGAGAGAGAGGUAACAAAGGAACUACUGGAGUUAGAAUUGCGAUUGCAGAGGAAGAUAUCUUACAAACCAAGGGAAUGUGGC